AUUUAUGGCUUGCAGUACUUGCUAUUUUUUUUCUUCAUACUUUUUCACCACCAUGAAAUCAUUUUGAUUUUCACGCGAAUCAUCAUCGAUUGAAGGUUAAUGGUAAUUCUCCGUUGUCGAGAUAUCCCGAGAGUUCAAAACGAAGGAUAAAGAACGGAGAGAUUCGAGCUUUUGCCGGAUUGCCGUGGAAACGAAAUGGAUACCGAACACAUACUGAAGAAUGAUAUCGGACGUUGUUUGAAAUUAAUCGUUUCGGGAAACGACGCGGCCGUCAACGACAGCUGGAUGAUGCUGCGGAAUCUGCGUGACAGUCGGGAAUUCGGUCAGUUGAUCGACUGCGAGGAUAUGAUCAGGGAUCUCCUCAAGUGUCACAUACGCAACGUGUCCGAGGUGCCGAGGAUCCUGACGUGGAUGUCGCCUUACGUGAUCGAGAAACGUUUCUUUAACGUCAGUCCGAUUUCCAACGACGUUGCGAUUUUACUGCGAAACACCGACAUCGGCGACAUGUCGUGUCUGACCGAGCUUUUGAACGCACUGGCGGAGAACAGAGUGUACCUACCCAGAUCGGCGAAUCACACGAAGCUCUGCGAAGCUAUCGUCACGAGCCUGUCUUCCUUCCAAAUGCCCUUGGAGCCGAAAAAAAUUCUAGACUUCUACGACAACACCACCAAGAUUCAGCAUUUUCUCAAAAUACUAUGCUCGAACACAAAAAACGGAGAGCGUGACAUUCUAAUGUUUACUUGUCUCCAAACCUUAUACAAUAUUAUCUCGGAUACAAACAGAAAGCCGGAGCCGGGUCCAGGCCUCGCUGCUAUAUUGCAGCUGGUAGACUCCUGUGUUAUUCCACAGGCAGUGGAUUGGAUCCUGUCCCAAUCCCAUUCCGAUCAUCAGUUGGUACAGGCGUUGAAAGUACUGUGCAAUUGGCUUCCGCAAUGGUGUGAAGAUCGACUUAGCGUUUGGAUAAUGGAGUUUAUACGUGGUUUGGAGAAACAGCACAAAUAUUCCACCCUUCUUGAGCUCACAGAAUCCUCGGUGGACAUAGUAAUGUUGAUGUGUAAAGUAUUACUGGUACCGAUAAUCCGCCAGAAUGCUUCCAAUAUUAUAUUUUACAUCUUGAAGAGGCAAAGCUCAUUGUCAACUGUUCAAAAUAUAGUUAGAAGGAUACCAGGUUUGAUAAAAGAUUUGAUGAAGGAAGAGUCGGAUUCCAGUAAGGAAUGCAUACAGAAUUUAGUCGACAUUAUGAAAGUAUAUAGUAAAAGAUUUUCAACGUGUAUACCGGCUUGUGGAGGCACGGAGAAUUAUCCUUAUCCUGUAUUGCCACGGAUGCAGGUUGUUAAGGAACUUUACAGGGAGCCGGUAUGGAUUGACGAAACAAAAGAGUUUGAACCGAUUGUGGAGCCGAAAAGACCACUGUCUGGAAAAGUUGGACUCUUUAAUCUUGGAAACACUUGCUAUAUGAACAGUGUGCUGCAAGCCUUAUUAAUGACCAGACAAUUUUGCCAGGAAGUAUUGAAUUAUCCAUUAAAUGAAGCAGGAAAGACACCCUUGCUCGAGAGGUUGCAAAACUUGUUUGCAUUAUUAUUAUACUCUAAGAGAAUAUAUUUGGAGCCUACUGAAGUGUUGCGAGCCUCGCGACCUACAUAUUUUCUACAUGGACAGCAGCAGGACAGUUCAGAAUUUCUCUGUCAUCUGUUGGAUGUUUUACAUGAACAAGAAAAAUCCGCUAAUGCAAAUUGUGGAGGAAAUGAUAACACAGCAACUGUCAAUAAGAUUGAGAAGCAAGAAGACAAUGUAAUGUUGCCGAUAGAAACGAAAGAAGGCAUGCAAAGGCACAUUAAGCGUUGGACGACUGAGGAAGACCUAACGGAAGGUUUGGCGUUGCAACGAAAAACGCAGUCAUUGGCGGAUUUUACACGAGGCGAAGAACUAGGACAGCGGCUUAGCGAUUCUCAUUCCGAUUCGACGGACAGCGGUAUACAAUCUGUAGGUGGUGAGGAAACAGGCGGGUAUACAUCGCUCGUACACAAAGUACUCGGCGGAGAGUGUCAGAUCACGUAUCAGUGUGCACAAUGUGACACUAGUUCUCGCAACACGGACAAAUUUCGCGAUCUGCAACUGUGCUUCCCUGAAGAGAUACAGGAGAAUCAGGAAGUUUCCGUACAGGAUCUCAUCAAUUAUUAUCUCACGCCGGAGAAGUUGACGGGCGAGAACAAGUAUCGAUGCGACAAAUGUACAAAGUUGUGCGACGCGCAGAGGAUUAUCACUAUUCUGCAGGCACCUGGGCACCUGGUUCUGACGUUGAAACACUUCCGGUAUGAUUUCGAUACCAGGCUGAGGACGAAACUUCGGCACAAAGUCACGUAUAACGAUACCAUAAGAUUGCCAGUGUCGGCGAUACCCUGUACCGCAGCCGAGACGUAUCAUUUGUAUGCCGCCGUCGUACACUCUGGCUAUAGUAUGGAUUACGGACACUAUUUCACGUACGCUUGUGAUUCUAAGCAGAAUUGGUAUAAAUUUAACGACAGUAUCGUGACCCAGACUACGUUCGAGGAUUUCAAGAGUCUGAAACCUCCCGACACCCCUUACAUAUUGUUUUACGAAAAGUCGGGGGCCCACGACGGGAUCUACGAAGACGACAAACCCGAAUUGGCGACCCUGAGUAAACGCAUACAAAACCUGAUAGCGAACGAUACCACGGAUUACAUAGAGGAACUGAGACGUCAAGCGACAGCGUCACAACGCAGCCAACUUCCAACAAGAUCUCUGAGACAGCAUAACAAUUCCGACGAUGAUAAUCCACCACCUAGUAGCUGUCGUGGUACGAUCGACAUCCCGGCGAAUCGUUUUCUUUAUUAAACUAGAGAUUAUAUUACAUGAAAAGACGGUGAAAAUCUUGCAAAUUAUGCGAAUAACUCUGUAUUUGUUUCUCAAGGCUCUUAGAUCUUCGUCACAGCUAUGCUAGAUUAUGACGUCAGAGGCGAGAAAGCGCACGUUGAAAAUUCUUACGCGCUAUUUUUAAAUGAAAAGCUAUUUCGACAAAACAUUAUAUCAGAUCACUUUAGCAUAUUUUUAAAAUUCUUUUCCUUUGAUAGUUAAUCAACAAUUGUAAAAUAAUCUUGAGAUCAGACUUUGUCAUGCUAAAUGACUGUACAUGUGCAAAGAUCAGACGGACUGGGUCUUAUAUUACAGUCGUUUUAUAAUUGUUGAUUAAAUAUAAAGGGAAAAGGAGUUUUCGAGGUAUUUUAAGAGUGUGCUAAAGCAAUAAGAAGUGCUGUUUUAUCGAAAUAUCUUUUUAUUUCGAAAUGGCACCUAAGAAUUUUAGCAUGUGUUUUCUCGCCUCUGCCAUCAUAAUUCCAACAUGGUCAAUGAGGUGUCCGGAGCCUUAAGUAUUUUAUAUGUAUAGAUAAAAGAAUUCAAUCAUCACGAAGUAAUUUUAGAAAGGCGCAUUUUAUGGUUUUACACCAUAUCAUAUCGCUAUGGAAGAAACUUGUAUUCGAGAAUUCGUAUUAGUUUGCAUUUUAUAUCUACAAUGCGGAAUAUACAUCACUGUACAUUUUCAUCAUACUACUGUAACUCGACGAUAGCUAUGAAAAAAAAACUUACAGCUAUACGAAUUAGAGUACGAAGUGUAAACGUCAUCCAGAACUUGAAUCUGUGCAAAACGGAUUUGUAUAUACAUAAAAUAUAAAUGAAUAUAUGAGAGUAAUAUUUA